AUGUCUAAGAAAAGAGUUGUUUUAGUAGUUGUUUUGAUAGUAGUGAUUCUUCUGAUUAUUGCAGGAGCAGUUGGGGGUUGGUGGUAUGUCUCCUCUAACUCUGCCAACUCUUCUAAUCCCUCCACUUCUUCGGCUCCUUCUAAUUCCGCAAACUCUUCUAGUGGUUCUAGUGGUCCUACUGCUGGCCCGGGUCCUUCUUCUGGUGUUAUUAGUGGGCCUGCUCCCUCUGCUCCUAUAGCCCCACCAGCAGAGGGAAGUCAACAGCCCGGCGAGGUUGUAGCGCCCACGCCAAGCAAUACAACAACUAACAAUGAAGUUAAACCCGAAGACGAAACGCCAGCUGAGGAGCAAAAAGGAGAAGGUAAUGAAGAACCGCCUAGAGCCCGAAAAGUAAAGAAAUCAAAGAGCGUGGGCAAAGAGCUACGUUAUUGUGGAAAUUCCAACCAAUAG